AUGUUUAGUGUAUCGGUUAUCCAAUGCAGUAAAAAGGCGGGACAAAAACUAAGCUUACAAGGCUUUGUGAGGUCAUUCAGCGCUGGAAUAACUGCUUCUAAGAGUAUUCAAAUCAGUGGGAAGAACUACGAAGUUUCAGAUAAGACUAAUGUUACGGAUUCUAUUCUAAACUUGACAGAUCGUGCGGUAUAUUUGAAGCCAACACAUCCUGUUGGGAUCUUGAGAAAUGUUAUCGAAGAGAAACUGAACGGAACAGACUCUUCAUUUAAGAUUUAUAACGAUUUCAAGCCCGUGGUCACAGUUCAUGAGAAUUUCGACUCAUUAGGGUUUCCUGAGGACCACCCGGGUAGGUCUAAGUCCGACACCUAUUAUGUUAACGAUUCACAUCUCUUGAGAACGCACACUUCAGCACACGAAUUAGAAUGCUUCAAGAACAUCGACGGGUUCGUUCCAGGCCACAAGGGCAUAACUGAGAAACCUGGGUUUUUGAUUUCAGCAGAUGUGUACAGAAGAGAUGAGAUUGACAGGACUCAUUAUCCCGUGUUUCAUCAAAUGGAAGGUUGCAGAGUGUGGAAAAGGGAGCCUGGUAAUGGACACUUGGAGAAAAUCAAGACAGAUCUUGCAAGACUUGAGAAAACGCUUGCCGAUGAUCCAGUAAAGCUUAUUGUUGAAGAUAAUGUUUCUCUAGAGGGGAACCCAAAACAAGAUUAUAUGAGUAUGGAAGAAGUUGAUUUAUGUUCCCGCCAUUUGAAAAGAUCAUUGGAACUAGUUGUGCUAGAGGUAUUCAAGAGAAAGUUACAGAGCAUGGGUAACGCCGAGGGUGAAGAGCUAAAGGUGAGAUGGAUCCAAGCGUACUUCCCAUGGACAGCACCAUCCUGGGAAAUCGAGGUGUUCUGGCAGAACGACUGGUUGGAAUUAUGCGGAUGUGGUUUAGUUCGCGAAGAUGUACUAUUAAAAGCAGGAUACGAAAAAGACCAAUCCAUUGGCUGGGCUUUUGGUUUAGGUCUCGAUCGUAUUGCCAUGUUAUUGUUUGAAAUUCCUGAUAUCAGACUUUUCUGGACUCAAGAUGAGAGAUUCCAUUCUCAGUUUAAGGCAGGAACUAUCAAUAAAUUUAAACCUUACUCCAAAUACCCUGGUACUAUCAGAGACGUUGCUUUCUGGUUACCAGAAGACAAAACCAUCGAAAUUAUUCAUGAAAACGAUCUAAUGGAAAUUGUGAGAAAUGUUGCUGGAGACCUAGUUGAAAGUGUCAAGUUAAUUGAUUCUUUCACUCAUCCAAAGACUGGUAAGAAAUCACUAUGUUACCGUAUUAAUUACCAAUCUAUGGAUAGAAAUGUGACUAACGAGGAGGUCAACAAGCUUCAAGAAUCCGUUCGCGAUACACUAGUAAAAUUGUACAGCGUUAAAUUGAGAUAA